AUAAAUAAUUAUUUCAUUACACAUAUAUAUGUAUAAAAUAUAGCUGUGACGAAGUGAUAGUGUCAUGUUGUUUCUUUCAAAAAUUGAUUUUUUGAUCAAAUUAUGAAAAAUUGCGAAUUAUAGCACAGUGGAUAUUAAUCCCAAAAUAUCUUUUCUAAAAUAUGUUUAAUCCUGUACAAAUAAAACAUGAAUGUGACGGAAUAGAAGAUGUCAAUUCAGAUGAUAAAGUUAAUAUUUCGAACAAUUCCAAAUAUCAAACAUUUAUUGAAGAAAAUGUUGAUUGUAAAUAUGAGAUAUCACAAUUUUGGAAUCAUGCACAGUUAUCCAAUGAUAUACAUCCAAAAAAUGAAAUUCAUGGUCAAUAUAAUUUAUUUCAAUCUGAAGGAAAUACCUCUUUAGCAUAUAUGAAAAAUUGUGUACAAAAUAAUACACUUUUCCAAGUUAAUCAAGGAGGAAAUUUAAAUCAAAUGAAUCAACAAUGUCAGAUAGAUAUGAUCCAAAAAGUUGGACAGUCACAAUUUUCACAAAAUAUGCAGGCAGCAAAGUUUACAAAUCAAAUAGGAACAAUUUCUGAGCCUAUAUCUCCUAUAAAAUCUAAUCGUCCUGGAAGACCACCUAAAGGUUCUUCAGAUUCAAAUAUAGGAAAGAAGCUUAAAUGUCAAUGUGAAAUAUGCUUCAAAGAGUUUGGACAUAAAAGUAAUUUAUUUAUACAUAUGAGAACUCAUAGUGGAGAACGACCUUAUAAAUGUAAUCAAUGUGAAAAGUGUUUUACUCACAGUGGAAACUUAGCCAUCCACAUGAGGACACAUUCUGGUGAAAGGCCUUAUGGUUGUCAAAUUUGUGGAAAAAUGUUUAGUCACAGUGGAAACUUAUCGACUCAUUUAAGAACUCAUUCAGGUAUAAAGCCAUAUAAAUGUGCUAUAUGUAGUAAAGAAUUUAGACAUAGUGGCAAUUUAUCAAUACACGAGAGGAUACAUUCUGGAAUUAAACCAUUUCAAUGUAAGGUUUGUGGAAAGGAUUUUUAUCAUAGUGGAAAUUUAACAACUCAUAUGAAAAAACAUAUUGUAAAUAUUAACACUAGCUUUAAUCAAUGUGAAAACAAUGUAAAGCAAACAGUAUGUGCUGCAAAUCUCAGUACUACAUCUAUAAAUUCAUUCAAUAAUUUACCACUGACUCAAAGUACUGAUAUUAAACCGAUGCCUAUUGAAAAUAACAUUGUUCCUAUAAAGAAUGAAAGUAAUGAUGACGAAUUAACGAAUGCAGUUGGUGUUUUAACAUCAACAUCAACUUAAGUAUAUUAAAUAAAUACUUUAAUAAUACUACUUUUAUAAAUUCAUUUUAUAAUUAUAAUUGCUGUAAAAAUAUAUUAUCAGAGUUUAAAUUUCUUAACAAUUAAUGAUUACAACAAUGAUUGUGGAUAUAUAAAUAUAUAUUUUUAAAAUUACAUAUAAGUUUUAUAUUGUAAAAAGUAAAAGCUGUUUGAUAUUUGACAUAUGAAAUACAAUCGAAAAUAUGUGCAAUU